UGGACGGACAUCACCGCAAGCGAGAAAGCGUGAAGCCAACGUUCGAUAUCUACUCUGCAUACCAAGGCCCAUCCAUUCAUUUGUCUUCCUUCCGGAAUCCGGGCUCGGGCUGAUCACAAUGAAGGGCAUGCAAGGCACGGAACAUUCAACAACCCCGCGAUCGUGGCCUUCGGUAUAUCGAUACACCGGGCGGAAGUGGGGGAUAUAUAGUAAACCUCCGGGCAUACGCACAUACACAAGAGGCAUCGAGCGAGCGAGAAUCUUUCCCAUAAUCCGUAUCCACUCAUCAAUCACUCACGAACCGCACGAAAACUUCAAAGCCCGCCAUGUCAUCCUCCCUCGUCAUCCCCACCAUCGCCACAGCGGCCACGCCGCUGCUUCACUCGCCGGACUUCUGGCUGCCGGAGUCGCCCUUGCACGAUCCCACAACGGGGCUGACGCACUUCACGGACAUCCCGUCGAAGCGGAUCUACACGUUCUCGCACUUUGACAGCGCGAGCCUUUCCUCGAUCAGCGUCUCCGACUACGUCGGCGCUUUAUUCCUCUCCACGGACCCAUCCUACUUCCUUGCGGCAGCCUCACGGGGGAUCGCGCGCGUGCACAAGGAUACCGGCGCGCUGACGUACCUGAACACGUACUACGCGGACGACGAAGAGAAGGCGGGGCGGAUGCGGGCGAACGACGCUGGCGUCGACAGCCACGGCCGGAUUUGGGUCGGUGUCAUGACCAGCUUUGGGCUGGGGCCGCCGAAGGAGGAGGGCGCGGUUUUCGUUAGCGAUACGGAUGGGACGCUAAGGAAGGUUAAAGAACCCGUGGCCGUGCCGAAUGGCAUUGUUUUCGCCCCGGAUAACAAGACCGCCUAUAUCACCGAUACGAGGAAUGGGGUGAUUUAUAAAUAUCCCUUCAAUGCGGAAAAGGGAGAGCUGGGCGAGGAGGAAGUGUUUGUCAAGUUCGCGGCGGAGACGCAUGGGCCUGGAAGUCCCGAUGGUGUGGCUGUCAGUGCGGACGGCGACCUCUGGGUCGCGAUGUUCAAUGGCUCGUGUGUGCUGAGGCUCGAUGGAAAGACUGCGCAGGUCAAGGGGAAGAUCGUCGUCGAGGGCAGCAAGCAGGUCGCUUGCCCGAGGUUUGUUGGACGCUCGCUGGUCAUCGCCACUGGCGCCCUGGUCCAUAUGGAUCCUACCAUCAGGGAGGAGUGUCCGUACGCUGGUGAUGUGUUUGUCGUCGAGGAUGUUGGUAUUGAGGGGGCCGAGAUUUAUGUUCCGCGGUUGGCGGAGGGACUGUAGAGUGUAGUUGGUGCAUGGGGAUAGUUAUAUCUAGUCUUAGCUCGUAAGCUACAUGUAUGUAUAGAAAUCAAAAGAAAU